AUGGCAAGCAACUCCCGGCCGCCCAGCGCGGCCUUGUUGGUUUGCACACACCGCCCUACACUCCAAGACAUCCUCUCCAAUACCGCGCCGCCACCAUGGACCCUCGCUGCCUUCAUGGCCUACCUCUCUUCCAACCACUGCCUCGAAACACUCGAGUUUACCCUGGACACGAAGCACUAUAGGGCAGCCUACGAACAGGGGGCCGAUCACCUGCCAACCCUCUGGCAGAAGCUCAUGCAAGCCUACAUCCUCCCCUCCAGUCAUCGGGAAGUCAACCUUCCUGCGCGUGUUCGCGACCGUCUUCUGAGCCUCGACCCUGCUGUUCAGGCACCGUCACCGGCUGAACUCGACGAAGCGGUUCAGAUCGUCUACGAGCUCAUGAACGAUUCUGUCCUUCUCCCUUUUCUCAACGAGAUGUCAUCGGCCAUGGGUGAACAUGAUUGCGAGCAUUGCCACGACUUGAAGCUUGCGCAAGGUCGCUCAAAAACCCCAAGGGACGUGGCCAUCCCCGAAGACGCCAGCCGGUCCGCCACGUCGUCGUUCCUCCCACAGCUCCAUCUCGGACGGCGCAACGACGGCGCCGCUCGCUCCAACUCUUCUCUGGCUGACAUUGGCGACCGAGAGACUCUGACAGACGACAGUGGAAAUUCUUCGCCGCCGGCAGGAGAACCCCUCACGCCGCCGACCACUCCCCCAACCUCGGACUGGGGCUUUGGUUCCUCACCCGGCACAUUGCAGAGGGCUAUCAGUGCACACAACAAUGGCUGGAAGCGCAUGAGCGCCAGGCUUGGAUUGAGCCGCCGAACUCGACAGAAUCGCAAGCUCAACGUGUCAAGCGCCCCGUAUGCCUCAUCCCCCGACGACGACAUCGACAUGACCCUCUGCGAGGGGACCUCUAGCGACACUGACGCCAGUACCACUGACGAUGCUCGUCCAACGAGUCCUUCCCGAUCCACCACUACGGAACUAUCACUUAGUGCUGGGUGUCGAGACUCGACGACCCCUGCGACGACGUGGGUUCAGGAGACUGGUGUCGGUGAAGAGACAAGAUCUAGUGCGGAUUAUGGGGGCGGCAUGGCCGCAAAAGGCUAUGCCAGAGACACAAUUUACCGACCGGUUACUCGACCAUGGCUUGCCCGCAAGUAUGCCCGCCCAAAGCUUAGGAACAACGCGUUGCCCGGACUGAUGGUCGCCGGUUCGUGGUUUGACGACGAGGGCUCCAAACAGAUCUCACCAGCUCUGGACCGAUCCUCCGUCUUCCAGAGCAGUCCGCUCUCUGCCACGCCAAUCCGGCGGUCAAGCAUAUCCGAGUGUACCACCUAUGUUCCCGAGGCCGACCCUAUGGAGGCUGACACGGACAUGUCUUCGUCCAGCUCCGAAAGCAGCGCGGAUGACGCAACGAUACGCGUGCACACGCCGUCACUUUCGUCGGCGUCGGGCCUUUCGCUCACCGACUUCUCCAACUUCUUGGGGUCGGGCCGUGCCAUGGAGGUCGACGAUGGCUCGGUCACCGUAUUUGAAUGCGACUCGCACUCGUCCUCCAACAGCGGCGACUGCUAUGGCUGGGAGGCGGAACUGGAUCGCAAGAUCAGCGUGGGCGGACAUCCAAGCUGCCGAUGCGGUCAUCUGCACUAUCGAAGAGCCGAUGGUGCAAGGCGGAGCUUGCUGAACCGUGUGUUCAACAUUGUCAAUGCCCCAAAACAGGAGUCGACACUCGCGAGACGACUCAGCGAAACUAAUAUUGGCCUCCCUAGGGAGGGCCACCGAUUCUGA